AUGUUGAUGCUGCUCACCGUGACGGUGGUGUUGGCCCUCGUCGUUCCAUCGAACGAGGAACCGUACGGUGGCGGCGGUGGUGGUUAUUUUGGAGCCGAAACGCGCUGUCCGCGGCUGUGCUCGUGUACCGGUACGACGGUGGAUUGCUCUCAUCGCGGAUUGACCCAGGUGCCUCGGAAGAUCCCGCCGGAAACCGACAGACUGGAUCUGCAAGGCAACAACAUCACCGUCAUCUACGAGUCCGACUUCCAAGGAUUGGCAAAGCUGCGAAUACUGCAGCUGACGGACAAUCAUAUCUACACGAUCGAAAAGGACGCCCUGCACGAUCUGAUUUCGCUGGAAAGAUUACGACUUAAUAGCAAUCGCUUAAAAUCAAUACCAGAUAAUUUUUUAUCCAGUGCCGCUAAUUUAUUACGAUUAGAUCUGUCGCAAAAUGUCCUCACCGCUGUGCCGAAGCGUGCAUUCAAGGGAGCGCCAGCCCUACGCAGCCUUCAACUGGACAACAACCAAAUCACCUGCCUGGACGAGGCCGCCGUGAAAGGGCUGACCGAGCUGGAGAUACUAACGCUGAACAAUAACAACAUCACCACGCUACCACGCGACAUGUUCGCCGGCAUGCCACGCCUGCGAGCGCUGCGCCUUUCGGAGAACCCAUUUGCGUGCGAUUGUCAUCUUUCCUGGCUGGCUCGGUACCUGAAGAAUGCAUCACGCUUGGCCCCGUACACCCGGUGCCAUUCGCCCGGCCAGCUCAAGGGCCAGAACGUGGCGGACCUGCACGAGCUAGAGUUCAAAUGCUCCGGUCUCACGGAAAACGCCCCGAUGGAAUGCGGUGGCCGGAGUCUCUGCCCUCAUCCGUGCCGCUGCGCCGACGGCAUCGUCGACUGCCGUGAGAAAAGUCUCACCAUCGUCCCGUCCACGCUGCCGGAGGACACAACCGAGCUCCGGCUCGAGCAGAACUACAUCACCGAAAUUCCACCGAAAGCGUUCACCAACCACCGGCGCCUUAAGCGGAUCGACUUGUCGAACAACAACAUUUCGCGAGUCGCCUACGACGCCUUCAGUGGGCUGAAGUCGCUAACGUCGCUCGUUCUUUAUGGUAAUAAAAUCAAGGAUUUACCGGCGAGCGUUUUCAAAGGAUUAACCUCCCUCCAACUGCUGUUGCUGAACGCGAACGAAAUCAGUUGCGUGCGAAGGGACGCUUUCAAGGAUCUGCAUAAUCUGAGCUUGCUGUCGCUGUACGAUAACAACAUCCAGUCGCUGGCCAACGGGACGUUCGAGUCCUUGAGAAGCAUCCAAACGCUGCACCUGGCACGCAACCCGUUCAUUUGCGAUUGCAAUCUCCGUUGGUUGGGCGAUUAUCUGCACCAGAAUCCGAUCGAAACGAGCGGGGCUCGGUGUGAUGCGCCCAAGCGCAUGCAGCGUCGCCGAAUCGAGGCGUUGAAGGACGAAAAGUUCAAAUGCAUGGAUGAUUACAGUAAGAUCAAGUACUCGGGCGAGUGCCGCAUGGACCAGGAAUGUCCGGCGGCCUGUCAUUGCGAUCGCACCACGGUCGAUUGUUCCGGACGCGGCCUGAAGGAAAUUCCGCGCGAUAUUCCCCUCUACACGACCGAUCUACUGCUCAACGACAACGAGCUUAAUCGCAUUAAGUCCGACGGGCUGUUCGGUCGACUGCCAAACCUGGCAAAGCUGGACCUGCGGCGAAACCAGAUAUCCGGGAUCGAGCCGAACGCCUUCGAGGGUGCCACUAAGAUACAGGAGUUGUUUUUGAGCGAGAACAAAAUCGCCGAAGUGCACAACAAGAUGUUCCUGGGACUGCAUCACCUGAAAACGCUAUCACUUUACGACAACAUAAUCACCUGCGUCAUGCCGGGCUCCUUCGAGUAUCUGACGUCGCUGACACAGUUAAAUCUGGCAUCGAACCCGUUCCGGUGCAACUGCCACCUUGCGUGGUUCUCCGAUUGGCUGCGAAAGAAGCAGCUGAAUGGGCCACCGGCCCGGUGCACUUCCCCGUUGAAGGUGCGCGACACACCGAUCAAGGAUUUGCCACACUUUGACUUUAAGUGCACGUCCGACAUGGACCAGGGUUGCCUCGGUGAAGGUUACUGUCCCCCGUCAUGCACCUGCACCGGUACGGUCGUGCGGUGCUCCCGCAACAAGCUGAAGGAAAUCCCCAAAUCCAUCCCAGCAGAGACGACCGAGCUAUAUCUGGAGUCGAACGAAAUCUCCAUGAUCCAUUCCAGUCGCAUCAACCACUUGAAGGCACUCACCAGGCUCGACCUGAGCAACAACCAAAUUGGCAUCCUAUCCAACUACACUUUCGCGAAUCUCAGCAAACUGUCCACACUCAUCAUAAGCUACAAUAAUCUGCAAUGCGUGCAGCAGCACGCUCUGGCCGGCUUGACCAACUUGAAGGUUCUUUCACUGCAUGGGAACAAGAUUUCCAUGAUUCCCGAGGGCACCUUCAACGAUUUGCAAUCCAUCACGCACAUCGCCCUUGGAAGUAACCCACUUUACUGCGAUUGCUCUCUACGCUGGCUGUCCGAAUGGGUCAAGCGAGACUAUGUGGAACCGGGCAUUGCACGUUGCUCUGAGCCGGAACCAAUGAAGGACAAGCUGAUUCUGUCUACGCCGUCCAGCCAGUUCGUAUGCUCAGGCAAGGUGCACAAUGAAAUUCUCUCCAAGUGCGAUGCCUGCUAUACUUUCCCAUGCAAAAACGAUGCCGUUUGUAGUGCCCUACCGGAGCGCCAGUACGAAUGCAAGUGUAAACCCGGUUAUCACGGAACACACUGCGAGUUCAUGAUCGACGCUUGCUACGGUAAUCCGUGUCGCAACAACGGCACUUGCACGGUACUGGAGGAAGGCAGAUUCAGCUGUCAUUGCCUGCAGGGCUACUCCGGAUCACGGUGCGAGGUUAACAUCGAUGACUGCAGCGAUCAUAAGUGCCAGAACAAUGGCACCUGCGUGGACGGAGUGAACUCGUACAGCUGCUCCUGCGAGGCCAGCUAUACAGGGGAGUACUGUGAAAGCAAGAUCGAGUUCUGUGGAAAGGACUUCAACCCGUGCCAGAACGGAGCCAAAUGCGUAGACCACACAACGCACUACACCUGCGAAUGCUUGCCUGGAUACCGAGGGCUCAACUGCUCGGAGAACAUCGACGAUUGCGUGAACCAUAUGUGCCAGAACGGAGGAACGUGCGUGGACGGCAUCAACGACUACACGUGCAAGUGUCCGCAUGAUUUUACCGGCAAAUUUUGCGAAGGCGCACCCAUGGUGGCCAUGAUGUAUCCGCAGACGUCCCCUUGCCAGCAGCACGAGUGUAAGUUUGGUGUUUGCUUCCAGCCCAAUCCGUCCAGUGCGGACUACAUCUGCAAGUGCGCCCCAGGCUAUUCGGGUAAACGCUGCGAGUAUCUGACCAGCUUGACCUUCCUGCACAAUAAUUCCUUCGUCGAGCUUGAACCACUGCGCACCAAACCGGAAGCGAAUGUGACGAUCGUGUUCAGCAGCACGCAGCAGAACGGUGUGCUCAUGUACGAUGGCCACAACGAGCAUCUGGCCGUGGAGCUGUUCAACGGUCGCAUCCGUGUGAGCUACGACGUUGGUAACGAUCCCGUGUCGUCGAUGUACAGCUUCGAGAUGGUCGCGGACGGAAAGUACCACAUGGUGGAGCUGUUGGCGAUAAAGAAAAACUUUACUCUCCGAGUGGACCGUGGCCUGGCACGUUCGAUCAUCAACGAAGGCUCGAAGGACUAUCUGAAGUUGACGAGCCCGAUGUACCUCGGAGGUUUGCCAGCGGAGCCAGGCCAGCAGGCGUACAAACAGUGGCACCUCCGCAAUCUGACCAGCUUCAAGGGUUGCAUGAAGGAAGUGUGGAUCAACCACAAGCAGGUUGACUUCCUCAACGCCGCACGUCAGCAGAAGAUCACCCCCGGGUGUGCCCUGCUCGAUCAAGAGAGCGAGGGCGAAAUGGACGACGAGUUUAUGCAGGAGACGCCGGUGAUCUUCAAAGAGGUAAAUCCGUGCGAGAACCAUCAGUGCAAACGCGGGGCAAAGUGCGUGCCCAACGGUAAGGGUGGCUACUCCUGCAAGUGUAAGAAAGGCACCAAGGGCAAAUACUGCGACCAAGGUGAGGGAACGGUAUCGCUAGUGAUCGACGAGGACCCGUUCAAAACUUCCUCUUCCGCUGCCUCCACUUGCCGCAAGGAGCAAGUGCGUGAGUACUACACUGAGAACGAUUGCCGCUCGAGGCAACCGCUGAAGUACGCCAAGUGCGUAGGAGGCUGCGGCAACCAGUGCUGUGCCGCCAAAGUCGUACGCCGAAGAAAGGUACGCAUGGUGUGCAGCAACAACACCAAAUACGUGAAGCAGCUGGAUAUUGUGCGAAAGUGCCACUGUACGAAGAAGUGCUACUGA